AUGUCUACACAAUUUAAAAAAGGCUUCUUUACCAAAAGUUUCAAAAUUGACAAGCUGAUUUCCAAAGAGGGCGAUGUCAAUGUUACUGCUACUUUAAUAUUUGAGGAAGAUAAGUUAACUACAAAAAUUGACAAGGUUUCAACUAUCACAGCUGGUAAAAUAGCUAAUUUAAGCUCUUCUAAGCUAAAAUGGUUAAAUGAUGAAAUUCCACAAAGAUUAGAACGCGUUGGUAUUAAAUCAAAUGAUUCACAGAAAAUACAAGAAAUUGGACCUCUUAACAUUAUUCAGCUAUUUGAAGAAGAUCAACAACAAAAAAGUUUCCAAGAGAAUAUAAAUUCAUCUUCUAUAGAUCGGGAGGAUAUUUAUUUAUAUUUAACCAUUUUAGAAAAUAUUGAUUUGUGCAAAGAAGUCUAUAUGAUAUUACAAGAGAUAAAAAAUGAAACACUUGCAGAUGUAAAGGAUAUUUCCCCAGAAGCAUUAGAAAACUCAACUUUGGAUAUGAUUGAUGACAUAUUCCAUUCAGUCUUUGAAGAUUUAGACACUAAACUAUUGGAAGAUUUAGUUAACCAUAAACUCCACCCCUGGUAUACUGCACAGGUUAAAAGAAAGAUAUCUCAAAAAAUCUUUGUGAUUCUACAACAAUUAGAUUUAACAGAGAUUUAUCUUACUGUUGAAAAAAGAUUGGAUACAAGGUUUUCAUUAGCUUUACACGAGAAGGUUGAAUCUUUUAUAAAAAGAUUAGAAUCAGAUGAUGAUACACUUAAAAAGAUUGAUGAAAUUGAAGAUACAUCUACUGAUAUUAUUAAAGAUUUAUCUAACUUAUCUUUUAAAUCCUCUGCAAAGGAUAAAUGA